AUGCCGAUCUCGUUACUACCCGCCUCGGCUGCGGCCUUUGCGCCCCGAUCAAACGUCAACGUCGUAUUAGCCUCCAAGGUCGAGCCAUGGUUAACACAAACCCUCAAGAGGGUCAACCGCGUCAAGCGUCCGUUGAACAGCGUCCAGCAACACACGAGGUGUCUGACAGAAACCCUUUCCGGACCCAACGCUAUGUGGUCGCUGUGCUCAAUCAUGGUACCAAAGGCCCCGGACUCGGAACUGCGCAAGGACAACAACCCGCUGGUAGAAGCGCUCUUCAACUACCAGCUCAUCCACAUCGAGGCCUACGUCGUACACGUCGACAUGGUUUCACAACAUGAGGUCGCAUUCAAGCUUACACCGGAGACCAUCGAAGCGCUUAUCGAGUACCACAAGGACAUCUACUCCGUCGAUGUAUCCGCCAGCACCUGGGAAUGGGCCGAGAAGGAGCAACAGCUGAAGAAGCUCCAGGAUGGAUUUGUCCAGGCUGUCAACCGCUACGUCUUCCGAACUGGUGUCAAGGCUCUGGAAGGGCUCGAGGAGGAUGGUGCGGGAGAGCUACUCGAGGGACGAGGUGAGGAUGUCAAGAGUGCCAUCAUGGGCCUGUUCCUCCCGCUCCUUCCUCCUCCUCCCAGGAUCGUCGACGUUGUCCGACCAGCACCGCUUCUCCCAAGCUCGCCCGGCUCCGCCAACUGGUGGGUGCCAACGCAGCAGUACCAGUCGCACUCAGCCCCGGUUGACACAUGGAGAGUGGUCCCAUCGACGCCCAGCCCGACCAUCGCUACCUGCGGUGAAACUGGACCAACAUUCUGGAGCACCAUGGGCAACAUGGGCUUCGAGGCGAUCCAGCUUCCGUCACCGACACCCUCCUACAGCCAGCCAUACAACUCGACGAGCCCGUACGCACCGUGCACUAGCCCAUAUGCGCCAAGCACCAGCCCAUACACGUCAAGUUCGUACUACAGCCCGCCCCCAGCGUCGGCACCGAUACCAGCCCUUCCUCUGCCGAGCGUGCUAGCCCAGCAGUGCGGGUCAAGCGCCGUUCACGGAGGUUUCGGCGGUUUCGGAUGGGACACAGGAUUCGCACCACAGUACGCAGCAUUCACAUAA